UAGAACUAUCGCCGGCAGUAUCGAUCCGAUACUGAUACCACCCGCGGUAUCGACACAAUUGCGAUAUGAAUUGAUCCGCCCACCCCAUACCAAGAGAGGGAGGAAGGGCAAAAGUAUCGGAGGAAGAGGGGUGGGGGCCCAGGCAGGUGUUGUGGAAGUUUACACGUGCCAGGAAGCCCCUCAGCUUCUUUUGUCCAGCGUGGCUGGACGGUCCACCGGUACCGGCUGAUCCCGCGCGGCGACCAACUACCCAGGGUGAGCCACACCCGACUAUUUGCUUACUCGUCAGUGAAGCAGCCCGUCACGGUAAUCUUGACACAAUGACGGCUGUGCCAGCGCUAGUGCCUCUCCUCCUCCUCUUCUUUGUUGUCAUCAUCAUCCUGUUUUGGACCACCGGCAUCCCACCCCACAGUCCUGGCGAGCCCGGUAAAGAUGGGCCGGAGGCUGGACCUGUCCGGUCUGACGGACGGCGAGGCGGAACACGUGCUGAAAGUCGUCCAACGGGACAUGAAGCUAAGAAAGAAGGAGGAGGAGCGGCUGAGCGAGAUGAAGCAGGAGCUGGCGGAGGAAGGCAGCAGAUGCUCCAUCCUCACCAAGCAGCACCGUUUCAACGAGCAUUGCUGCAUCCGCUGCUGCGCGCCCUUCACCUUCCUGCUUAACCCCAAGCGCCUGUGCCUGGACUGCCAGUACAACGUGUGCAAGACCUGCUGCACCUACAACAAGAAGGACAAAGCGUGGCUGUGCGCCGCGUGCCAGAAGGGCAGGAUUUUAAGGACACAGUCCCUGGAAUGGUAUUACAACAAUGUGAAGAGGCGCUUCAAGAGGUUCGGCAGCGCCAAGGUGUUGAAGACUUUGUAUCGGAAGCACAUUAUAGAGAGAGGAACGCUAUCUGAUCUCGCAGAAAGCAGUGUACACGAAGGAAGUUUCUACAACGACAACGAUGGCAGCGUCUGCGGCAGUGACUCCGUCUUCUACAAACAGAGUGAAGGACACAGUAUGGCUGAGACGCUCACAGUCGCCUUGCGUGUUGCUGAGGAGGCCAUAGAGGAAGCCAUCGCUAAGGCCGAGGAGUUCAGCGACAGUUUGGAGAAACAGAAUGAGGCUCGGUAUCUGCGGGACCACAAAGAAGAGCUCAUAGAGGAACUUGCCACCACCAUUGUACAAAAGAUCAUCCAAAGAAGGAAGCGUUCAGAGAUGCAGACAGAGUAUGACUUUGUCUGGCCUCAGCCUCAGUCCUUGAUUCAGCCCAGUGAUCAGGCCUCAGCUUCGCAACCUCAAACGUUUUUACAAGGACCCGCAGAUCCCCACAAGGCGUCCUUCACCCUCUCUCGCUCACGCUCAGCCUUCUCCCUCACCAGUGACGACUCUCCUGAGAAGGCUCCUCAGGACGAGGCUGUCGGCACGGGCGGCAGCUUGCAGGAGUACUCCUCUCUGAAGAGGGAGGCCAAGACCACAUCCCUGCCCACUUGGAAGAGUGUCGACCGGCUGGACAAUUCCAGUGCGUCCUCGGUCCUCCAGAGUCCAGACGGCAACUGGAUCGCCCUCCACAGCUCUCAGCUGUCUCGUCCCAGCCUGCUGACCAAGAGGAAGAGCCUGGUCUUCAGCGUCUUGGAGAAGGAGUCCGGCGUGGUCUCGGCCUACGACGAGAUGGGAUCUGACUCGGAGGAGGACGAGGAAAGCAGCUGGGGCGCGGCGUUGCAACAGUUCCGACGCAAGCUGUCCGACGAGACGUACUACACGGACUCGCAGCAUGACCCAGAGUGGACGUACACGCAGCACCUGCCUGUGACCUCGCCGUCUUCUGGCCAGUACACAAACACGGAGACCCUGAAUUCCGACUCGGAGGCGUCGUCGGCGUUGUCCACGUGUCCUCGGAAAGCGCCUCAAAACUUGCUGAAGAAGAAAGGAGCAUCUGAAACACACCUGCACCCCUACCACCAACCCCUCUACCACCAACACCUUCACCAGAACCUCUCUCCUUACCCGCUCCUCUCAGGGGCAUUGGACGUGAACUUUAACCCUAAGGUGAUGGGGGACAGCAGUGAAGCGGAGGAAAGGCAGAAUGACCCAAUUAGAAGGUCACGGCGGCGCAGAAAAAGCAAGAGGGAUUCAUCAAACGAGAGCAGGUCCGGGAGCCAGAACUACUCACUGUCCAUUCAGGAGAGCAGUGGUUUUCUUCUCAAUGACUUACUGAAGAGGAGCUUAAGUGAGGACCAGCCAGAAUCAGUUAGCACUGCGGCCCAGGACACCAUCACACCCGAGCCCCAAGAUUUGGACAAAGUUGCACCGAACUCAUUAUACCCGACUAGCCCUUUUUCACCGACUCCGGGGCCCAAACACAUCAGCUCGGGACUGGCGUCUGUCCCUGCUGAACCCCUGGGAGAAGAACUACGGUCCAGAAUCAGCCAGAUGGUCAGGAGUCGCACCAACAGCAGAGAGAGCAGCUCGUCUGAGGAAGAUAAGAAGUGGGCAGCUCACAAACAGACGGAUAAAGAAAGUGUCCGACAGAGGGCCAACCAGAAGCCCAAAGACAUGGAAAGGGAAAAUUCCAGGUCCAGUGUCAGAUUAAGAGCAAACGAACCCGUCUUGCAAGUCAACGGACAAGAGAUUGCGAGGCAGGCUGUAAAAACUCCGCUUCUGAGCGGGGAAGUGAAGGAGAGGAGAUCAGAGAAGAGUUCCGAGGAGGUGGUGGAUGACCGGGAGCAGAAGAGAGGAGAGCGGAGGAACAGACAAAACAGAAGGUCGCACCGACGAGACGCGACCAAGGAGGUAGCUGAAUGGAGGAGUGGCUCCAGUGCGGCCAGCUCGCCUGCUGUUACGCCAUCUUCCCAGGAGGGGGUGCUGUCUGAUAACCAGGAGCAACACAAUGACACGGAGCAACAGCAAAGGCUCCAGUUGCUCUCCUCUCUCUUACAGCAGAAGUACUCGGCGGCCUCUCUCUGCAGCAUCACUACAGAAGUGUUGAAGGUUUUGAACGCCACCGAGGAGCUGAUUGGCGAGGCGGGAGGGGAAGUCUGCACGCCGUCGGAGUCACAGAUCGCCUCUAGCAGCUCUGAGAGCAGAAGACUGGACCAAAGGCUGACCAAGAUGGAGGAGAAUGUGUACCUGGCUGCUGGAGCUGUGUAUGGCCUAGAGGGGGAGCUGGGGGACUUGGAACAGUGUGCACGCAGUAUCAGCAGUGGGACUUCAGACACAGAGCUGGCUUUCCUAGAGGACCAGGUGGCCACUGCUGCUGCUCAGGUCCAACAGUCGGAACUGCAGAUAUCCAACAUUGAGGCCAGGAUAUCCGCUCUUAAAACCGCUGGCUUGAAUGUGACUGUCUGCAAUCACCUCUCCAAAUUCAAUCCAAAAACAAAGCCACAAACUCUGGACUCGUCGCGCCGUCAGAGACGGAAGUUGCCAGCCCCGCCACUGAAAGAUAAGAUGGAGCCAGAGCAGCCCGUGGAAGUCUUUCGGCCAUAGCGAGCACCAGGAGCAGCAGCACAAAGUCCCUCAGGCCCACCACACCACGGCCCUAUGGACAGCUCUCUCUUCCAGUGCCUUGACCCAGCGUCCGCCUCCAACUCCACACCAAACGGGAGCCUCCAUCUGCCCUGUUGCGGCCCACGAAGCACUCAGCCCCUUCACGUCAAGCAUCCGCCCGGCCCCUCGACCUACGACCUCCUCAUCCACUGACAUCACACGUACAGCAAAGAUGAGUGGACAGUCUGCCUUAAAACAUCCAUUUCUACUGUGAUUAAUGAAGGCGUGGACUCUACUUCACCAUGCUCGUGUACUGUUAAGCCAACAUCCUCUCAUGAAUGAUUGUCCAUUUGUAGAGCCAGCGGUAUUCCCAUUCAGAGAGAUGAUUGUCAUUUUAAGCACCCUUUUUUUUUCUACCCAUGCACUUUUGAUUUAUUCCAGACGACUGGGCAAUUAGACAGUUGCCAGUAAUGGGGGUGUGACAUAAAACAUGCUUAAGAACAUCAUAAAACGAAGCCAACGUAUUGGAAAAAGAUUUAGUCAUUUUUGGGGGAACCUUUUUGCACUGUUGUUGGACUUUAGAUGGCACAGCAGCUGGUUAGCUUAGAAUUAAACAAGCAAAAUGAUAAUUCUAGAUUCCUAACAAUAGCCAGUGAUCAUACAAAGGCUGAAUAUUUAACCAUCCAUGCAUUAAUCUUUUUGUGCGGAGAGCAAGUUCACCAUAUUAUGGUUACGUAUAAUAAUUGAAUACGUCUCAGAAGUAAUGUAUUGGAAGUGUGUUGGCCAAAAUCUAGCUUUAAUGUUGGAAUUUAGACCAUUCAAAAGUACUUUUAGUAAGCCUUGCAGGGAACAUGUUAAUGCUAAUGAGCCGUGUUCGUCUACACCUGUCUCCAGGACAUAGUAACUCGGGGUGUCCCGAUCCAAUGUUAAUAUCAAAUAUCGGUCCGAUAUCAGCAAAAAAACAAUUAUCGGAUGAUAUCGGCUUAAAUUUCAGACAUAAACUCCGAUACAAUUAGUCCUGCAGCGUGUUUACUUGUGCAUGUCUAAAUGUCCUCUAAUAGGCACAGCACACGUUUUUUGUUUUUUUUUGUGUGUGUGUUUUAGUCAUUUACAAAAGACAAACAUGUUAAGCCAGACCUGGGCAAUUUAAGGCCCGGGGGCCACAUGCAGCCCGUUAAACUUUUCAAUCUGGCCCGCCGGUCAUUCCCAAGUAUUUUUUUUUAGAUGUUUAAGAUGUAAAGUGUAGCUGCCAUUAUGAUGUGCAGUGAUGUUUUCUAAUGACCGGAAGUCUUCAACUAUACUACGUCUUUCAAUGGUUAGAAUCUGCGCUUUUGGAUGAUAUACUAGUUACUAUGGUAAUCUAAUUAGUUACUAUGGUCAUCUAAUUAGUUACUAUGGUCAUCUAAUUAGUUACUAUGGUCAUCUAAUUAGUUACUAUGGUCAUCUAAUUAGUUACUAUGGUCAUCUAAUUAGUUACUAUGAUAAUCUAAUUAGUUACUAUGGUCAUCUAAUUAGUUACUAUGGUCAUCUAAUUAGUUACUAUGGUAAUCUACAUCACAGCAGCUCAGAUGAGGCACCAAGCAGUGUGGGCGGGAAGCGUUUCCACAGACGCGGAAGGAGAUUUUCACAACAAUGUUCUAAAGCUAAGUGAUAUAUCCGAUAUAUCAGAUUGUAGGUGGGUUUAUUUUGUACCCUUCGCGUUCAUAUUUCACUGUUUGUUGCAUUUUUGUCGCGUUUCACUCGAUUGUAAAAUAUGUCGAUCGAAAGGGGGUGUGACAUUCAUAUUUUGUCAAUAUUCAGUGUUUUAUCGUUCAUAGAAAAAUGUAAAAUUCCAUUACGUUUUUUAAUGCGGUCUGUCAUAACGUUUUUAGCAUUCAAUCAGACAGUAUUGUGAGGUUUUAUAUUAGUGUUCCUAAAAAUAGAUAUACCGGUCCCCAGACACAUUUUUUUCUCUAAAUGUGGCCCCCGAGUCAAAAUAAUUGCCCAGGCCUGUGUUAAGCCAUAGGCUACUAUAGAGCUAGCCGCUACACAGCAGCUAUGCCCUCACAGGCUGGACAUACUGAAUAAGUGUCCUUCAUUGUGUCAAACAGUCUAAAACAGCACAUUGGUCAAUAUAAGCAAGUAUCAAAUAAUCACAGUUGCAUAUUAGAAAGUAUCCAGUCACAAAUGUGUCCGCAUCAUUCAAUUUGCUGGUUCAGGAGCUUCACAUUAUGAAUUAUUGUGGCCAACGGGUGUCGGCAAAAAACAAUAACCACUCCACUUCAACUUAAAGACAGCCUAAGUCUGUCAUAAGUAGGGAUGGGUAUUGACUUCUGCACUUUUAUAGGCACAGACUGAUUUCCGUCUGUACUACCGGGUAUUGAUUCAUGCAAAAUCAAAUGGUGCCAUAUUACAAUACCUUUGUUGCAUGUAACGUUACAUCCGCUUUCAGACUUAACAUGUAAACAAUCACUCAAGCAGCACAAAGGGCAGCCUCAACCAAACUCCCUCUAAAUAAUGUUGCAAUUUCCAACACCAACAAAGCAAGUAUGCUUGGUAGAAAAUGCUCGAAUGUAAAGUAAGGCUUCACUCUUUCAAAAUGCAAUAGCUUGAUGCUAAUUUACAUUGGAUUUGCCUUAGAGAGGCUACUAUUAGCAUUAGCAAUUUUACAUGGCGAUUUCAACAGUUCCAAAAUUGGUAAAGUAAACUACAACUAAGAUAUUGUUGCAAUGAAACAGCUGGUGUGUAAGAAGCACAAUACAGUAUAAACACUUUGUAGGGUGCAACAUAACACAUGAUGCACCCUUUUCCUGGAAAAAGUUAUUUCCUAGUUAGACAAUAUACCAUACAUAACCUAUACAGUACUGCUGUCUGAAGUCUUGGAAGUGUAACUGCAUUGCAAGUGAGACUAAAAUGUAAUAAUUAAAUAAGAUAUAACAACUGGCCAGCACAGUUAUCAUAAUUAGCUCAUUUUUAAAUGUUACAUAAAAAAAUAAAAUUGGAUUACGAAACAACUAACGCUUAUUAACACGCACAAAAGUACUGAAUUCCCAGGUAUCGGGAAUUGGUACCGUAUCGGAUAAAUCGUUAACGAUACCAAUCUGUAGUCAUAGUUAGUGUUUUUCAUACCCGCCGUUGUUCUCUGAGUAAUUUCACUUGAUCAAGCCUUUUCUAACAUUCCACUCUGCAAAAUAAUAAAUUUAUGUGCUAUGAUUCGUGCUAUCAAGAUCAAUAAUCAAGGCUCCAAUAUCGGACAAUAUUGAAAAAUUUGUAUCGAGACACCCCGAAAAGACACACCUAACUCUAAGCGACUCUUCUCUCAAAGGUUGAGCAAAAACAUGUGAGGGAGAUGAUAGAUUGUUUUGGUGCUCUUAAACAGGAACACCAUUAAGAAGUUCAUUUUGCACAAUAGGGGACUUGUAACGCACAAACAUGGGACUUUUCUCGGCCAACUUUCUUCUAGAAUGCAAAUAGGGAAUAAAGUCCCAAAUGAUUUCAGAUGAAUGACAUAGUAUAGAAUAAUUAAGCUACACAAGGUGUAAGCAUUCAGGUUUGGUAGUUAAAAAUUCAGCAAUUUUUCUCUUUUACUUUUAAACUUAGUGGCCUUUUAUUUGAGCGAAACACCUUUUCCCUGCAUUCCUUGUGUGACAUGUUAGAAGAGAUGUCCCAUGCAGUCUCAAUAACAGGCUGCUUUGCCUAUGAUUUUGCUUUUCUUUUGUUACAAGCAAUUUAUUUUUCUACUUCCAGAGCCUUUUUAAAGCAUAUUUAGAGGCUUUAUUUUCUCCUCGAUGGCCUCCAGGUAUUUUCAGUCUUCGUUCGAUAUCAAUGUCGCAUUUUUUUUUUUUUUUUUCAAAAUUGGACAUGAAUAUUUCCUCUUUCAUAUAGCGUCCAUUUAUAACCACAUGAGUGCAGCAGGGUUGAUUUCCAAACUGGACCUCUGUGCGCUUGCUCCGCUCCCUUUUAUAUUAGCGAUACUUCCAUUCCAUGUGUUUUUUGCACAUUGAUCCGGUUACCGGCGUGUUGAUGUUUUAAAAAAAAUAAAUAAAUAAGCAUGCUUUUGGUUUUACCUUGAAUGAUGUACAGUAUAGACGCCAAGCACAGCUACAAGGGUCCAAUCAUCAGUGUCCUGUAUUUUUGUAUCGUCAUCUGAGAACUUGUGUGUGGAAAAAGUUGGAUAUGAUAUAGAAUAACAUGUAUUGCCCAAUCAAAGUUCUUUCAGUGUAGUAUAACACUCAUACGGCUGGUUUGUCACUGUUCGAAUCCAGCCAGGUUGCACAGUGUUCACUUUAUGUGCAGUUGUUUGUUGCCAUCAUGUGACAUGUUGGGGAAAGUAUUAACAUGCAAAAAAAAAUUAUCCGUGUGCCUCUGUGCACCUGGAGAAAGAUGUAUCAUGAACUAAAUAAAAUUUGCAACUUUAACACUCUU